UGACACAUGGAUAUCCGAUCAAAGAAAAGAACACUCCGCUGCAUCGUUAUAAAUGUCGACCGCAAAUGGAUGCAAGAAAGGGACUGGCAAACGGGGGACGUCAAUAGGGAAAAGUGUACAGAAAAACAAGGAUGUAAGUGUGUCUCAGAGCAGUGCACAUCGUAUCCUCGCGGCAGCCCCCGCCGCCGUAUCAGAUCAUGUCGUUGCUAAGGAAACCUAUAACGGCGUUAGCUGUGAAAAUGAUGACGGCCUCAGCAGCGAUACACUGCUUUGUCUGGAAGAAGUGUACGAUGUCCCUUUGUGCACCCCCCGACCUUUGAGUCCAACAGAUAUGUGGGCCCCUGAAGGAUGCCAUCUGUCAUUGGUGGUGGGCAGUGAACCAGAAACCACUCUCUUGUACAGCCAGAUUUCUAGUCUGACCAGUGACCAUCAGAUACUCACCUGCAGUCUGGAGGAUGCCUUUGAGAUGUGUAAUAGCCGGAGUUAUCUCCUCAUAUGGCUCAUGAUGACCAUGCCAGCAGGACAGGAUAUUCUCAGUCUCACAACGUCAAUCAGAUAUGCAAGCAAGUCUAACAGAGGCACAGUGUUAAUUGGUGUGUCCAAUACCCCGUCUGCAGUGGACUUGCGUCUUCAUGGUAUAGACGAAGUGGUCAUCCAACCAGUGUCAACGCUGACCAUCCGACAGAAAUACUCAAAGUGGACGUCGGUGGUGCUAGUGUCAGAAGAAUCAGACAGUCUGAAAGAUCUUGACAGCCAGAUUAUCUCCAUGCCAACAACCCCUGCUACACCCUUGACCCCCAUGACCCCUGACACCCCAGCUACACCUGCAACUCCAGCAUCUGUCUCUGAUGAUAGUUCACACUUUAGCCUGUCCCUGGACAGUGGCAUUGAUUCCUUGGUAUCAACCCCUCAGAUGACCCCAGAACAGGUCAGCUAUGCCCUAUCUGGACUGACCAAUCUUCAGGCACCAAUCAGCAAACCAAGGCAGCACUCCAUUGUUGCAGACCACACCACAAAAGAAAAACUAAGGAGAGAACGUAUCAAAGACAGUUGUGACCAGUUGCGUGUCCUGCUGCCAUACAUCAGGGGCCGUAAAACUGACAUGGCAUCCAUCUUGGAAAUGUGUGUCGACUACCUUAAAAUUGUCAAUGCAGCUCUCCCACAACAGUUCCAAUCACAGAUUGUAGAUGUGCUAAGCAAGGACACCAGCUCUGUUGGCCGGCCAAGAGCAUCAACUUCCAAAAAGACCAAGCGAGGUUCACAGUACUCAGAAUCUCCCUCUGCCAACCUGGUGUCGUCAACUGUAGAGACGGAUCAAACUGGAUUUGAUAGUUCCCUACCAAAAACAGACUCAGGAUCGUUCAAUUUCUCAAUUGGAGAGACAGAACCAGGCACACUGAAGCGAGAGUUAAACAAGACAUUACACGACACUAAACCUAACAAGAGGUUCUGUCUGCAGCCCUUAUCUGACCUUCCCAGUAUGUGUUCAUCCCCUAUACAGACCCUCCCUUCUUUUGAAAACAUCAGAAUUUCCAGACAGGAAAGCACCAGUUUAGAUCAGACAGGCAGCACAUUUCCAUACCAGUCGAUGCAGAUACCUCACACCUCUUCACUCUAUGAUUAUGAUUCAACAGUCAGUGGGCGUGUCAUCAACACGUCACAUGACCCUUUCUCAACGGCAACAUUUUUCAACCCCUCCAUGACGACUAAACCAAAUGGUGUGGAUCGAAGUGACACUUUUGGCCUGUUUCUGGACACUCAGUCGUUGUAUCAGUAUUACGGUAGUGGUAACAUGACGACCUCCUACAAUGCUACUCGUAGCUCAACACCGGACUAUGUCAAUCCCAAUGCUGUUCUCUCAUUGUCUUACCAUGAUAAACUGAAACUGGAGGCACAAAAGUAUGAUGACCAGGUCAACAUUGUGACCUCAGCCAACAUUUCACCAGGUCUCUCCUCCACAAACAUCAUCUCUGUGUCAAAAUAAAUGUUUCUCAAUAUCAAAACAAAACAACUUUCAUAUUACUUUGAGAAUAAACAGGAAGUGUAUGUAGGUGUCUUGUGAGAACAAGCAGGAUGUAUGCAUUGUUGUCUGGGAGAACAAAGGAGGCUGUAAUUGUUGUUGACUAUGAGAAUGAACAUACUGUAUGUGUUGUCUGUGAGAAAAAAGAAGGCUGUAUGUGUUGUCUGGGAGAACAAAGAAGGCUGUAUGCAUUGUUGUCUGGGAGAACAAAGAAGGCUGUAUGCAUUGUUGUCUAGGAGAACAAAGAAUGCUGUAUGUGUUAUCUGGGAGAACAAAGAAGGCUGUAUGCAUUGUUGUCUGGGAGAACAAAGAAGGCUGUAUGCAUUGUUGUCUGGGAGAACAAAUAAGGUUGUAUGCAUUGUUGUCUAGGAGAACAAAGAAGGGUGUAAGCAUUGUUGUCUGGGAGAACAAAGAAGGCUAAAUGCAUUGUUGUCUGGGAGAACAAAGAAGGCUGAAUGCAUUGUUGUCUGGGAGAACAAAAAGACAGAAUGUGUAGUUAUCUUGUGUAGAUGUAAGUAUUGUUGUCCCUGGGAAAUACAUGUUAACAUGAUGUAUGUGUUAUGUUGUUGAUGAAACUGGUGUGAAAAUUUGCAUCAGUUAUAAUAACAUUGUUGAUAUUUGACUUAAAUGUUAAGUUUCAAAUACAACCAUGCUAAAUCAAUGUUUAUAAACUAGAGUUAACAGGUUUCAGAAAGAGUGGAGGUAAACAUGAACCCCUGAUCCUGCAUGUAUCAUAUAUUUUUCUAUUCAAACUAAACAAAACUUAGUAUGAGCAGUUCAUAAUUUGAAAAUUAU